AUGCCACCCAAAUCAAGCAAACAAAUUGCUCCCAGAAGUCCUGGUAGACCUCGCAAAGUUGCAGCCGCAGCUGCAACCGAACCAGCCGAAGCAUCACCAAGCACAUCGCGCAAGCCAACAGCCAGCAAAGGAGUGCAAAAGUCCAAAGCAAAGCGAACAUCAAAUGUCCAACCCGGUGAUCCCACACCCACAGGCCGUCGUCGCCGAUACAAGCCCGGCACCGUCGCAUUAAAGGAAAUCCGCCGCUACCAACGCUCAUUCGACCUACUUAUCGCUAAGCUCCCAUUCGCGCGUCUGGUCCGCGAAGUCGCACUCGACCUCCUCCCCGCAGACGUGGGUGCCACCUUGCGCUGGCAAUCACAGGCUAUCCAGGCACUACAGGAAGCUGCUGAAGCUUUCCUGGUGCAUUUAUUUGAGGAUACCAAUCUUUGCGCACUGCACGCGAAGCGGGUCACAAUUAUGCAGAAGGAUAUUCAGCUUGCGCGCCGGAUUCGCGGAGUCUGGGCUGGUCUUGGUUAA